GUUGUGUUCCGUGGCUUCCGCCUUUGCUCAACGCAUGCGCACGGAAGAGUCGUCCGUCAGAGGCGUUCGGCGAAUCAAACAUUUCGUGACUUGUCAUUCACGAUGGCGCAUUACAGAGCCUCCGAGUCGAAGCGAGAACAGUUCAGGAGAUAUCUGGAGAAGGCAGGAGUCCUCGACAGUCUCACCAAUGUCUUGGUGGCUUUGUACGAGGAAACAGAGAAACCCAACAAUGCCUUGGACUUUAUCAAGCAUCACUUGGGAGUUGCUGGACCAGAGGAAGAUGAUUCUGAAAGUCUGCGCCUGGAACUGAACAAUUUACAGAAAAAAUAUGAACAGCUCGUGGCAGAAAACAAGGAGCUGAGAAACAGGCUGCUGCAGUACGAGCCGGCGCAGGAAGAAGGAACAGAAUAAAACAUCUUGUUGCCAUUUUGAGAUAUAUUUCUUUACAUUAACAAAAAAUAUUAUUUCUUCCUUAGUGUUUGUUUUGUAAUACAAUGUGAAGAAGAAGUGAAACUUUAUGUUCAGCAAAUUUGUGCCUGAUAUUUAAUAAAAGCAUUUUUGCACUGUU